AUGACGACGACCUGCGCCGCCUCCCGCGCGCUCACGCGCGCGGUAUCGCGUCGCUCGAGACCGUGGCGCGACGUCGCGGCGUCGGCGUCGGCGACGUCGGCGCCGCCGCCGCGCGACCGCGACGCGUCGUCGUCGUCGUCAUCGUCGUCUUCGUCGUCGUCGUCGCGACGAUCUAUCCUUCUCGGCACCGUCGUCGGCGCGGCGACGGCGACGGCGACGGGCGUCUCCCUCGCGUCGCCGCCGCGCGUCCUCGCCGCCGCGCUCGGGUCCGUCCGCCCCGCCGCGGAGGCCGUCGGCGGGCCGCUGCUCCCGCUCGCGGACUACGUCGCCGCGCUCGACGCGGUCGCGGUCGAGCUCGCCGCCGUCGCCUCGGAGCUGCGCGACGCCCUCGGCGACGCCACGUCGUCGUCCGCCUCCGCGAGCGACGACGGCGACUUCGCGUACGACGACCCGGAGCUCGCGAUCGCGGCGCCGCUCGCUUCGUCGACGCGCGCGGCGCUCAAAUCGCGCCUGCACGCGAACGCGCUCGGCGCGUUCUGGGUCACCGCGCGCGGGCUCGAUCGAUACCUCUCCUCCGAGCGAUCGCCGUUCGCGCGCGACCGCGAAGAUCUCUGGAAACUUCUCCCGGAGAAGACCGGCCCGCUCGGGCGAGCGCUGCAGCCGGACUUCAACAACCCGGACGACCCGCUGUGCUUGGUGUACUCGUGCGUGAACGACCCGAGGGCGCCGCCGUCGAUCGACGUGCUGUACGCGUUGAAGCUGUUGGACGAGGGGCUCGCGACGAAGGGCGUCACCGCGCGCGGGUUGCUCGGGAACGCGACGGACGCGGCGGAGAAAUUGGAGACGUACGCGGCGCUCGUGAAAGCCAACGCGGACGCGGACUUGAUCGACACGGAGUGGGUGAACCCGGCCCCGAAAGGAUGGGGACGAAUAGGCAUUUGA